AUGGAUGGAAAGAUAAACCGGACGACGGUCGAUUCGAGUCGUGAUCCGGUGUCGGCUGUCUCUGCUUCAUAUCAGCGUAGAGUUCGUGCUGUACGUCGGGGAAAAGAGGAUCGGCAUCACAAUCUUUGUCGUAGAGGCCUUCUGCGCCGAGUCUUCCUGGAAUUCCAAAUUCGAAACGGCGGAAUCGUGUCAGUCUGGGAGGAGAUGGACGUGGAGGAGGAACUGGUAAAGCUGGAAGAAGAAAAGGGAGAGGAAGAAAAGAAAAAGAAGAAACGGAAGCGGAAAGGAAAUAACAUUAAGAAGGAAGAGAAGGAGGAAGGGGACGGAGGAGAAGCGGGAAAGAAGCGGAGAUACUCGAGACCGCGGGUCCGAGCCCGAAGCCCGACUCAGGUCCUGCGAAUGAGGCGGCACCGGCGAAUGAAAGCGAACGACCGCGAGCGGAACCGGAUGCACAUGCUGAAUCGGGCGUUGGAUCGGCUCCGCUGCGUCCUGCCGACUUUCCCCGAGGACACAAAGCUGACCAAGAUCGAGACGCUUCGACUCGCCCACAAUUACAUCUGGGCCCUGAGCCAGACGCUCGGCGUGCUCGAGGGCCAACCGGACCCCGGCGAGAACUUCACCGUCAACGUCGGAAACGUUACCGUGAACAUUGGGUCCCAGGGCAACACCAUCACGACGAAUCCCUGCGCCAUGACCUCCACCGCCGCCGCCACCAGCAUCACGUCGGCUCUCGCGGAACUCCCGCGGUCCUGGUACGCGGGUCCCGCGGGUCCUGGCUUCGGGGAUCACGAUGAUCGUUUCGGGCUCUCGGACUCCUCGUUCCUCGAGUAUUAUUCCGACACAUCCUGCUCCGAUGCGGGAAUGGCGGAUCUCAUCGAACUCCAAUGCUAUCAACCGUCCUGA